AUGGCGCGGUCUGGCGCCUCAGUGGUGCUGGGUUGCCGCUCCGAGGGGAGCAGUGCGGCGGCCGUGGCGUUGGAAACUUUGAAGAAGGCCAGCAAAGCCAAAGCGCAGCCGGCGGUUUGGUCUUUAGAAAUGGACUCUUUGGAGUCGGUCCGUUUGUUCGCAGAGAGAUAUGUUGAGAGCAUUGGAACGCUCCACAUUUUGGUGAACAACGCCGGAACCACAGAAGCUUGCAGCCUUACCCGCGAUGGUUUUGAGUCUGCCUUCCAGGUGAACUAUUUGAGCCACUUUUUGCUGACCAAUAUCCUACUCCCCGUCCUUCGCGCAAGCAGCCCUUCCCGGAUCAUCCACAUUGCUUGUCAAGAAGGUUACUUACGCCCAGCGCGUGGGUGGAGUCAUCGCUUCCCUGAGGGUAUACUGCAGGGCUGGCUCGGCAGCCCAGUGCCAAUCCAGGAGACCAUAAGGGUUGGUUCGCUGCGGGUGGCCUUCAAUGCAAGCAGGGUUGGAGCCAGCCAUGAGUUGGAAGCAUCUUUAGAUUCCGAAGUAGCUUCUCGGGAUCCUGUUGAAUGGAGUGUGGAACGUUGUAGGCCUGCCGAAGCUUACAGCAAUGCCAAGCUUGCGGUCCUUGCCUUUUCAAAGGAACUGGAAUUUCAGCUUCGGAAUUCUCGGAGCGAUGGCGUAACCUCUCACGCCAUCAACCCAAAUGCUAUGCUCACAGAUUUCAAACCACCAGCGACUUCGGAGCGGUCCUCUUUGUCGUACUUCCCACCCGUUUGGAUUGCAGGCAAAGUCUUCGGCUUUGUUGGUGACUGGUUGCGGAAGAUGACCAUGCGUUCUGUGGAGCAUGGAGCCAAAGGAGUGCUCCAUGUGGCAAGUUUGAAAGCCUUAGAGAGACACGGUGGAGGUUUAUUUGACGAUACAGAGACAUCCUUUACAAAAUGCGGCAGAGCCCCUGCCUUUUGUGGUCGAGUGCCUGACGCAUGGCUACCACCUGUCAUCUUGGAUGAACGAGCCACCGGGCAGCUUUGGAAGUUAAGCAGUGACCUGGUUCACUUGCCGAAUUGCGAUGGGGACACAUGCGACGCAGUUUAG